AUUCGUGUUCCAGACGACUCCGGGUACGGUUCGUGUUACGCAUAUGGUCCGCGCGCCCUGUUCCCACACCCUUGAAACAGAAGGAAAUUUUUCAACCCGCUGGAGUGUUUUGGCUGGCUGGUGUCUUUGUCCUCCUGCGAGGACUCCGACCACCGUGUGUGUGUUUGUUUGUGUGUGUCCUGUGCGUGGGAAGAUUGUUACGGGGCCAGUCCCGAUGGGCGUGUGAGACCAACUGGGCAAGUGGUUAUAUCAUCAAAGCAAGGCUUCGCGGAUCUUUCUCCGUCCUGAUGUCUCGGGACGGAACCAUCGCGACGACGGCAGUGUCGUAAUCGAUCCAGAAACAAGAGUAAAUUGCGGCGCAAUCGAUUGCCGAGCUUCAGGAGCAAAAGUGGUUAUCAAAAAGCUGUGUUGUGUUGUUCCUGGCGUGGCGAAAUUGAGGAAAAAUCGGGUUUUCCUUCGGUGGAAAAGUCUGUGAAAAGUGGGCUAACGUUCCGCUGACGUAAGGCCACGGUGGAAGCGAUAAAGGAAGAUAAUCGCUUUUUACGAUUUUUUUGCCUGCUCCUACGACGUUGUGUUCCGAACAUGGCAGCAUAAAUUUUAGAACGCGGGUGGAAAAUUCGCGCCUGGGUGUGUGUGUGUGCGUGUGGGUGGGUGGCUUUGUUGUGGUUCGAUACCCCUAUAAAAGAGGAGCAAUAUCUACUACGUAAGGAUGCAAAAGGUCAAAAGUUUCGUAUGUGUUUUGAUUGGUGCAAGUGAUUAAAACCCACCGGGAUAGUGUGCGGGUAGUGAUUCUCAUUCUAAUCCAGCAAGGAAUACUCAACAACGAAAAACGCCCACUUUCAACCCUUCACAAUCGGAUAUGUAACGCCGUCGUAAACAGCCAUCCAGAAUAUCAAACCAAAUCGAUAGUGGGUGGUACAAGUGCUAGUUCACAUCCCUUUUACAUACAUCCUCGCCAAGAAACCAAGAAAGAACACAAACUCGUACGGCGGCGGCCAUGGAUCAGCAUCCGCUGCUGCUGGCGAACGAGAGCAUCCACGACAGCGGAAUCAUCGAGGAUGUCCACCAGGAGUCGGAGUGCGACACCGGAAACGAGGAGUACGGCGACGAGAGCAACCUCGAGUCCAACUUGAGGAGGCGAAAGGGGAAAAUUAUCUCCUGCGUGGAAAAUGCCUCGAGACUGAUCCGGCGGCGAGUGCCUUGCGCAGGACACCUAAUGACUCCCCGACGCCUCUGGCUGAACAAAAUUCCGACCCAGUGCGAUGUGGUGAUUGAAUUUCCAGAGGAUGCACCGGAUGAUGCCCUCCGAUGGCUGCUGAAUAAGAUUAAGACGUCCCCACCGGAAGGCUUGGGAUUGUCGGCAAUGGUGAGAGCACACGACAGUACAAAACGGACGGCGUUCUACGUCACGGCGCCGAUGAAUGUACUGUUCAAGGCGGCCGAGGAGGCACGUCUGCCGAAACGACUCCGCACGGACCUGGGCGGAGCGCUGAAGGAGUUCACCAAGCGGGAAAGUCACUGUUUUGCCCAAACGAAGGACAGCGAAGGUGCGAACACGUUGUUCACCUCCCAGGAGCGCCAGUGGCUGGUACUACAGGUGCUGCAAGGACUCAGGGCAGGAGUUUCGGAUCUGAAGGCCCUGCAAGGACGGGCACAGGUCGAGGAAGGCCAGAGCAUAGUGGCCGCCUGGCAGGAACUGGGCCUGAUAACACAAGUGUUUCCCUUACACGAAACAAGCGCCUUACAGCAGCUACAGUCGAGCUGGGUACGGAAGUUUUUUGCGCCGCAACCGUUAGACGACAUUGCUGCGUACUUUGGAGUGAAAGUGGCUUUAUACUUUGCGUGGCUGGGCCAUUACACGUGUGCACUGUGUGUUCCGGCCGUCCUCGGUACGAUACUGUACGCCGGCCUGUGGGGCCGUGGCCAGACGGCACAGGACAUUGGCCAUGUGAUUUUUUCCCUGUUCAACGUGGCGUGGGCGUCCCUGUAUCUGGAGGCCUGGAGGCGCUACUCGGUCGAGUUGGCCUUCCGGUGGGGCACGCUGUCCACCCCUCCGGAACUACUCGAACCACCGAGACCACUGUACAAGGGUCCACUGGAGGAAAGUCCCGUCACGGGACGGCUGGAGCCCAGGGAAACGCCGGCCUGGCAGCGACGUGCGUUCCGGUAUCUAGUUAGUUUUCCAAUUAUUGGGCUCUGUUUAGUGCUAGUGUUUGUAGUGAUGUUCCUAAUGUUACGACUACAGGAUUGGCUCGAUCAGCACUCUCCAAAUUCUAACGGUGCCCUCUGGGAUUGCAUGUGCAUGGCGUCAAAGGACUGGUGGGACGAGAAACUCCCCGAGCAGGGCAUUUUCAGCUGUUUGAGUGUGAUACCGAAGGUCCUCCUGGCCGGCGCCAUCACCCUGAUGGACGAGGCGUACUACAAGUUGGCCGUCUGGCUCAACGACAAAGAGAACUAUCGGCUGCAGUCCAAGUACGAGAACCAUCUUAUCGGCAAGGUGGCCCUGUUUCAGUUUGUCAACAGCUUUCUGUCGCUGUUCUACAUCGCGUUUUAUCUGCGCGAUCAAGAUAAGCUGAAGGAGCAACUGGCUGGUUUGCUUAUAUCGCGCCAGAUUAUCGGGAAUCUUCGAGAGUCCGCAUGGCCCUACUUGGUGGAGCAGUGGAAGCUGGCCAAGCUGAGUUUCAAGCUGUGGGGAGCGUUGAGUCCAACGCAGGAAUUGCCACCCCCAAUGAUUGAGAACAAACAGGUCAAUGAAGGCAAAGGAUCCUCGGAGUGCACCUCGUCAACACCGAAGAGAUCUAUCGGGCAAGCCGAGGUCGAGAGUUCUCUGUACAAAUACGAUGGAACCUUCUCGGACCACCUGGAGAUGCUGGUCCAGAUGGGCUACGUGGUUCUGUUUUCGGCAGCAUUUCCUCUGGCUGGACUGUGCGCCUUGGCUAACAAUUUGCUGGAGAUUCGGUCCGAUGCGUUUAAACUUGCACACGUACAUCAGAGGCCUUUCGGGCAGAGAGUGGCCAACAUUGGCACCUGGCAGAAUGCCCUUGGAAUGCUCGGACUUGCAGCUGUGAUCGUGAACUGUGCCCUGAUCGGACUGUCCGGACAGGUCUCGCGACUAUGGCCCGGAUUGACCUCGACACAAACAGUUAUUCUGAUUGUGGCCCUCGAGCACGUGAUGCUUGGUCUUCGAUCAGCACUAACCUGGCUUCUUCCGGAACUUCCAUCGUGGCUGGCCGCCGAAAUAGCCCGUGCCGAGCACUGUCGUCGAGAGAUGCAAUGCAAGGGUCCCUCUCCUCGGCAGACCCCUCCAUCUCCACCGUCGUCCACAUCCCUCUCGCACCACGAUCACGACUUCAACAGCAACCAGGACAUCUACGACAAAACGGAACAAUCCGUUGGCAGAUUUCACAUCUUCCCUAGUCACGAUAUUCAGGAGAACGAAAUGGAACGGGUCCCGUUGGCGGGCAGCUUGGCGACCAAGCUGGACAAUCUAACCAGCAGCGGCAGUGGCGGCGGCCAUCAGUCCCAAUCGCAAUCCCACCUUCAGCCCCACCAGAAAGAACCUCGCAGCAGCAACGACAACAUCGACAUCUUCGCAACGGAAACACGAGAGGUCACACCGGAUUCGCCGAUCUCGCAGACCAGCACAGUAUUAUUACGACCUCUCCAAGAUUCUCCCCUUAGUGGUCAAUCAGCACAAACUGUUGCAUUAGAAUCUACACAGAACUCAGGUGCAUGCCCAAUGAAGCCAAGCAUUAAGCUCGCUGCAAUUCCGCCAUUCCGGGGACAGUCGAUGAAGCACAGUUAUAGUAUUUACGAUAAGCGAAGCAUCAACCUCGGUGAAACGAUGAGUCCCCGAGUUUCGUCGCAGCCUAUCCAGAUUCCAGAGAUUCCACCUUUCCGCAAGCAAGCACACUCCACCAUGCACUCGCCCGUCAGCCAGAGCCCCCAGAAUCUGGGCCUGGUGAACGCCUCACCACCUAGAAUAGCGGAAAUUCCGCCCUUCCGGCCUCGCAUCCGGUCCAAGGAGUGGAUGCCCAACAUCGAGCACACCGAACAUCAUCUCACGAUCGGGCCCAGUGGAGGCGCCGAGUGGGCGAAACGUUUGAAGGCGGCCGAUCCUUCCAUUAUUCACAGAAGCACCGACUGUAUUGUAGCGAAGCAACAAGAACUGGCCUCCGGAUCCGACUCGGAGCUGAUGAAGGCAGCCCCCUCGUGGAACAACAUGGCACCCAAAACGGUCGAUCAGCCCGGCACCAGUACGAGCGCACCAUCCGUCAAGGCCCAAACCGAAGAGGAAGCGGCCAAAGCCGCAGCCGAACUGGCCGCGAAAAAGUCCCGCAUCAAGCAGAGUCUGGUCAAGCGGGCCCGAUCGGUGGCGAUCUUCUCGCUGAAGCUGAAGGAGCAACGCGCGAAACGUGCCGAAAAGGCCGCCCAGGAAGCUAGGGACGCCCUUCCACCGCCACCCCCGGGCGGAGAGCUAUCGCUAAUUCCCAUCGAGCAGCUGAUCCAGGUGGACGAUGUCCUGAACCAGCGAAAUCUGAACCACGGCGGGGGUCACAACAACCACCACAGCAGCAGUGCCGGGUCGGGCAGUACGUAAGGUAACUUGCCAGGUUGAUCCUCAACUUUGUACAGCAGAAUGUAAGGCGCACAUGCACUGUAAAAUAAAAAGGUCAGACAAUUACGACCGUUACGCGAUGCGGCGGCGGCUGCUGCUGCUACCAGGUGAUAAUUGCGCGCAAGUGGACGACGAGUUGGAUGGUCCUGUAAAAAUACGAGUAAAGAAUCAAGGGAACGCGAACCAUUUGAGACAGACAUAUUUUAUCCGUAGCUCUUGUGCAGUAGUGAUUCGGUGUUUACUUUUUAGAGUAGUUAAUUGCAAGCGAGGAGAGUAGCAGGUUUGACCGCGAGACAUCAGGGAGGAUAUUUUUAAGGGACGAGAUCCUCAACGUAGAAUGGCCGUUACAGCGGAGCGGAAAAGCCCGAGGUCAAUGAGCGCAGAAGAUAUCGAGCGACGAAUACGAAGUUUUGCAAAAGCGGUUUUGGGUGCUUCUAUACAGUAUUAAGAAAGCCAUAGUUGGUAAUGGAUCGAUUCAGCACACACACAUACACAAAAAAAACAUACACAUACAUAAACAUAACAACACAUUACAGACAGUUUUUGAAACGGAAAGGCGUGAUACUAGUUUUGGGAAUACUUUUACAAAAAAUGAUUAGCGCGGUUACGAGGCAAGACUAGCAAAAGAAACAAAAAAUAUCGAAGUUCACGGCCAAAAUAAUAAAAGAAAGGAAAACAUGUUCUAAAAUAUUUAGUGAGUUAUGGUAAAACUGCUUUGUUGAAAAAUGUAAAAAAAAAGAUAAGCCAGCGAUUUAUUCGUGCGAAGAGCUUCAUACUUGCUUCCUCAGUUGGUUCCUAACGAAGAUUUCCUCACUUUUAAAAUUUAAUUUUAUUGAUUUCUAUCACCUUUUCGAUUUUAUUUUCAAAUAUUUUUUUUUUAGAUUUUGAUGUUUUGAGAAAUGCAUUUUAAUAAUAUUUAAAAUUUUAAAUGUCUCCAUUCCCUAAUUUUUUUAUGGCCUUUAAAUAUACUACCUAAAAAGUCCGCCAAAUUUCAUUCUGCGAAAAAAAAUCAGUUUUUUAAUUUAUUUCACAUUUUAAAAGUCUUUCACAACAAACACAAAAUUCCAGUUUUCGAAAUACAGCCGCCAUGAGAUUAUUUUGAAAGAACAAUCUUUAUUUUUUCGAUGUUUUAAAAUAGUAUCCACAAAGGUAAAAAAAAUAAAUUAAAUUUUAGAAGGAACGAGAGUUGAACCAUCAAUUUUGUGGUUGUUAAUCCGACAUGCUACCAUCACAUCAUGGAUCGCUUGAUGGCAUAAGAGAGACAUAGCACAAAUAUAUUUUUCUCUGACUAGUUUCACGAGCAAAAUUAUAUUGUUUGUAGUAAAUCCACUAUGACAGAUUUUUAUACAUUUAUUUCCUGUGGGCGAAUUCAUGUGGAAUAAGGAACAUUACACAUAAAAAGACGUGAGUUUAUAUAUUUUAGAUGUAAUAUUUCACACAGUGUUGUAAAUGAUUGAUAGAAAUCCCCAUCAUUUGAUGAUUCCUGCACCAAAAUAUCAGUGGGUAUAGCGACCGUCACUAUAGCUUGUGAACUCUCUUCGUUUAUCACGUAAUUCUCAGCAACAAUAUUCUCUCUCUAUCACUCGUACUCUUUUUCUCGUUCACGCACACUCGCCGGAGAUCCUUUUGUUUUAUCAAAAACAUGGAAUGAAAGAACGCGAGAGGUGGAUUGGGAAUCGACCACUUAUUACGUCCCGUGAAACUGCGUUGGAAUUUUUUUUUUCAUGUCUACAAUUUUUUCUUGAAAAGGUCCUACAAAUAUAUGAAACACAAUAGCUUAUAGGACCUUUACAAAAAGACUCUAGAUGUUUGUUUUGUUUGUGAAUGAGGGAAUGAGAGAGAAAAAGAGAAUGUCCCACGGAAGAGUGUAAACACGAGAUAGAGACUGGCUUUAGGACUGGCUAUUCUUGGUGCCGAGAAUCACGCUACGGAGAAAGAAGCAGUGACUGUUGGGAGAUGAGAUUUCGGGCAUGGUAAUUGUAGUCGCUGAGACAGCUAAGGUCGAUUAAAAUUGCAGAGUAAUGAUUUUUUAACAAUGUGUUUUUUUUCGCGAAAAUCGACGAAAAAUGUCAUGAUUCGGACCACCUUGACCUACGUCGUGUCACUUUAAUGGCCAAACAAAACUCACUCGUACUCUUUUUCUCGUUCACGCACACUCGCCGGAGAUCCUUUUGUUUUAUCAAAAACAUGGAAUGAAAGAACGCGAGAGGUGGAUUGGGAAUCGACCACUUAUUACGUCCCGUGAAACUGCGUUGGAAUUUUUUUUUUCAUGUCUACAAUUUUUUCUUGAAAAGGUCCUACAAAUAUAUGAAACACAAUAGCUUAUAGGACCUUUACAAAAAGACUCUAGAUGUUUGUUUUGUUUGUGAAUGAGGGAAUGAGAGAGAAAAAGAGAAUGUCCCACGGAAGAGUGUAAACACGAGAUAGAGACUGGCUUUAGGACUGGCUAUUCUUGGUGCCGAGAAUCACGCUACGGAGAAAGAAGCAGUGACUGUUGGGAGAUGAGAUUUCGGGCAUGGUAAUUGUAGUCGCUGAGACAGCUAAGGUCGAUUAAAAUUGCAGAGUAAUGAUUUUUUAACAAUGUGUUUUUUUUCGCGAAAAUCGACGAAAAAUGUCAUGAUUCGGACCACCUUGACCUACGUCGUGUCACUUUAAUGGCCAAACAAAACUCACUCGUACUCUUUUUCUCGUUCACGCACACUCGCCGGAGAUCCUUUUGUUUUAUCAAAAACAUGGAAUGAAAGAACGCGAGAGGUGGAUUGGGAAUCGACCACUUAUUACGUCCCGUGAAACUGCGUUGGAAUUUUUUUUUUCAUGUCUACAAUUUUUUCUUGAAAAGGUCCUACAAAUAUAUGAAACACAAUAGCUUAUAGGACCUUUACAAAAAGACUCUAGAUGUUUGUUUUGUUUGUGAAUGAGGGAAUGAGAGAGAAAAAGAGAAUGUCCCACGGAAGAGUGUAAACACGAGAUAGAGACUGGCUUUAGGACUGGCUAUUCUUGGUGCCGAGAAUCACGCUACGGAGAAAGAAGCAGUGACUGUUGGGAGAUGAGAUUUCGGGCAUGGUAAUUGUAGUCGCUGAGACAGCUAAGGUCGAUUAAAAUUGCAGAGUAAUGAUUUUUUAACAAUGUGUUUUUUUUCGCGAAAAUCGACGAAAAAUGUCAUGAUUCGGACCACCUUGACCUACGUCGUGUCACUUUAAUGGCCAAACAAAACUCACUCGUACUCUUUUUCUCGUUCACGCACACUCGCCGGAGAUCCUUUUGUUUUAUCAAAAACAUGGAAUGAAAGAACGCGAGAGGUGGAUUGGGAAUCGACCACUUAUUACGUCCCGUGAAACUGCGUUGGAAUUUUUUUUUUCAUGUCUACAAUUUUUUCUUGAAAAGGUCCUACAAAUAUAUGAAACACAAUAGCUUAUAGGACCUUUACAAAAAGACUCUAGAUGUUUGUUUUGUUUGUGAAUGAGGGAAUGAGAGAGAAAAAGAGAAUGUCCCACGGAAGAGUGUAAACACGAGAUAGAUACUGGCUUUAGGACUGGCUAUUCUUGGUGCCGAGAAUCACGCUACGGAGAAAGAAGCAGUGACAGUUGGGAGAUGAGAUUUCGGGCAUGGUAAUUGUAGUCGCUGAGAACUGAGUUUGAUAUUUUUUCAACCCAUAUUACACAUUUUCCUGGCUAAAGUUAGUUGUUAAUAUAAAAUAUCAAAAUUGUUUUGGAAAUUUGCUAGUUCUUGCAAGGCAGAAGCCAGAGGCAAUGGAAAUAGCGAAUUUUAUUUGCAAUUAAGUGAGAGAUCUCUUUUCCGUGUAAUACAGUUAACGUGAAGACUUCCAUCAUUGUCAUGAUUUUUCGUUCAAAGAUAUACAUUUUGCGAAGCUUUCAAUAUUUUGACAAAAUUCCUUCAACAAAACGAAAAACGAAGUUGACUUUAUAGCUGUCGGCCACCAUUGCUAGUACCAACCACUAGUGUCUUCCUUUUUAUCUACAAGGACUUCGCCGCCCUGGGCUCCUAAGUGUAUGAAAGUAUGGCACGGAGCGACGGCGCCGAAUACCCAUAUUUACACAAAGAAUUUUAGAGCGCCUGCCGCGGGAUUCGAACCGUCGGCCUCUGGAUUGUGAGUCCAGUGCGCGGUCCGAUUGAUCCACACGGGCGGGACGACAACAAGUUGUUUAGAAUAGUGCCCUACACAUGCUGAUUCCUUUUGAUAACGAUUAUCCCAUGCUUUGUAAAGUUAUGGAAAUCGUCAUUAAUCAAUGAUUGCUAACUAGAACGUCAAUGAUUGUACCACAAAAUUAUAUAAAUUUUUAAACGCAUUUGAUUUAGAUCGAAAAUUCUUUCAGUGACUUGAAGAACUCAACACCCGGCACAUGCUGAUUCCUUUUAGUGCUGAAAUUCGUUGAAUUGAAUUUUUAUGCAGAACAAGCCGUACCCUGCAAACUUCGUCCUGCCCUUUUUGGUUUCUUGACGUUUUUAGCUUGUUUGCUUAUUCAGCCUCCUGUGAUCAAAAUUUGAUUUUACGCAACUUUUCCCAUACAAACGGCGGUGUUCCGGAAUCGGUCUGAUAGUGGCCAAAGUGUCAACUUAUUAGCGUAAAAACCUUCCUUGAGCUUAUACGAACCCAACGCAGCAAAGAGCGCUCCGAUCCGACCUCCCGUGUUCAACUGAUGCGCGUUCGAACAAAACCAUCGAAAUUUUUUAUAUAUAUAUAGAUAUUUUAUUGUGAUAAUCAAUUUCCUUCGAAAAUGAUCAACGGCUUCACCUUAAACCUCGCAUAGUGCGCAGGCGUUACGCUUUGUAUUUCUUCGAUUACUCUAAAACGACAUAAUAUUUUUGCAAUCUCUUUGAAGUUAAUUGUAGAUUGGAACAAGACGAACAAAUUGCUUCAAAAAGAUUGCAAAAAUAUUAUGUCGUUUUAGAGUAAUCGAAGAAAUACAAAGCGUAACGCCUGCGCACUAUGCGAAGUUUAACUGUAUUCUGUUGAUCAAGUUUUAGUUUAAAUUUAGUGAAAAUAAAAAAAAACUUACACCAAGUUUUUAAAAAUGAUUUCUUGCUGGCAGAAUAAAUCAAACUUUAAGUUAAAGCUUAUGGAUUUAGCAUAAAAUGAAUGAGACAAAAUUUCGUUCAGAAUCUUCUUUCUACGGUGUCAUAUAAUUAUGUCUGUAUGAAAAUUAGUAAUAUAUAGAAAUUAUUUACAAAAAAAUCCCGUUUCCGCGAGCGACGCUUCGAAAAAACCCUGUUUUUUUUUAAAUAUCGUGUCUCGGAAUCUUGUUAAUGCACCCUUUGGUCCAAACACCGUCAGACCGACAUUUUAAAGUUUCAUUUGACUUUUUCAAAUACAUAUUAGCCUGAAUUUCUCAGUCCUCAAUUUUUUUUUUCUAUCAUCAUUUGCGUCCAAGACAGCUAAGGUCGAUUAAAAUUGCAGAGUAAUGAUUUUUUUAACAAUGUGUUUUUUGAUUUUGAUUAUCCGAAGGCCUUGGAAAAAUUUUACUCCUGAUAAUCGAAUCAGGAAAAAAUAUUUUUUCUUUGUCUUAUUUUUGUUUGUCAAGCUUAGGUAUGAUUCCUAAUUUAGUUUUAAACUACUCUAAAAGAAUUAAAAUUUUUAAAUCCUAGAUGGUGGGGACGAAACAUUGAAAAAUGCAUUUCACUAUUCAAAUGCAAUCAACUAUUUACCAAAAUAGCGUCGAAACUCGAAUUAGACGUUUAAAACAAAUGAAACAAACUAAAACAUUUUUUUUGUUCGUCAUUUGUUUUCCGUCCCAUACCCAUACAAACCUUCGGAUAAUCGAGUCUUCAGAUAAUCGAGUCUGGACUGUAUAGUUAAAUUUUUAAACCUAUAUUUUUUUAAGUUUAUUGUACUUUUUAUUAUUUAUUACUACAAUAUGUUUUAUUUGCUUAACAAUCUUUAAACAAAUCUAAGAGUGGAUUGUUGAAUCAUUAUAGCAAGUCUUCGGUUUUUAGUUGUAAUUUGUAAUUUGUUUGAAGCUCACAUUGCACUGCGCAAUCGCACAUAUCAUAUAGGUACAUUAUUGUUAGGACGUUUGCGAGCUUGUUGUACAUGAUGCAAAUAGCAUUGCAUUUAAUUUAGGCUUAAGUAAAAUCAAACGUACAAUGCUGCGAUAGAUUCAACGUACAUCGUUUACAGAUCAACUGUAUUCUGUUCACGAAAAUGACUGAGAAAUUGCAAUUACUUUACUAUAGUUUGAAAUAAUUUUCUAAAUCACUGUUCAGAGAAACGAAUACAAUCAUUUACUUUAACAGCAUGUUUUUUGCAAGUUUAGUCGACAAUCUAUUUGUUUCAAUUUCCGGCAAUCUGUUCAAACCUCUUAAGAAACUAACAGUUCAAAACUCAAACGUGUUGCAGUUCAGCAGUGAUAAUUUCAUGCAAUAACAUUUACAAAAGAAAACAAGCUUUCUAGCUCGUUUGUAUAUUUUACUAUCAAUGAUCUCAACCACAAAUCAACAAAUUCAAUUGAGUACUGCUUUUUCCAAGCUUUAUCUUACAAAACGAAAUGGUUGUUUAGCUAUACAGCGCAAAAACUGAUUUUGCUAGCAUACAUUAGUUUUUUAACCACACCAGAGUGAGAGCUGCUCUCCACAAAAAUAAUAGUGAAAAGAAUCCGUCAAGUCAAUUAAGUCAGGCAACAGCACAACUUUAACCAGAAAACAGAACAACAAUAGCAAAAUUACCAGGAAAAAAAAUACCGUCUUCAAAUAGCGAGCCGAGAUGAGAAAGUCUGUCCCACCAGAAAUUAUUAACAAAAAACAACAUCAAACUGAAUAUUGAACAAACAUGUCGAGGCUGGAUUGUAGAAAGCACAUUUCUUGGAAGUAAAACGAAACGCUUUGAAGCACACACACACACAGGCACACAUACACACUCAAACAUACACUAGUCCUUUUUACCAUAACAAUACUCAGCAAGCAAAAAAAAAAAAACUUUCUCUAACCAUUGUAGUGUUAACUCAAAUCUCUGGAAAUCAAUUCACCUUUCUCAAACUAAGAAAAACUAUUACUACUCAACAGUUUGCAAACUUGUCACAACUUAUCAUCCACAUUCGACAGAUAUUCUAAAACAGUCUUUAACUCUAGCAGCAAAAACAAGAACGGUAGCGAAUAGAACGAGUUCAAACUUUUGCGUUUAUUUCUUCAUCCCGCGUCAAUUUGUGUAACUAGAGCUCAGAGGAUUUUGUUCAACACCAUCCCAACACCACCCCUCCUGCUGACCGUUUGGUUUCAACCGGUAAUUUUAGAAAAAAGCAAAGAAGACAAAUUAAAGCAAGAAUUGUGAAAUUGUACAAUUAAAGGGUAAGCUGGCAUUGUUAAUUAAAACCAAAAAUUUAACGAUAACAGUUGAUUAGUUAAAUCAAAAUAUUGGAUACGCACUCUGUACAUUGAUUUGUUUCGAGAAGUAAAAUGUUGAUGUUACUUGA